GUGAGCUGUCUUUUGCAAAUGGAAUCGCACAGUCAUGUCAGACGAUCAAAAUGAACGACUGACUAUGGACGUGGACACUGCUUUUCUCAAAUCCAAGAGGGGAAUCCUGAAAGUAGCAGAGAUGGUGACUCUGUUUGUGGCAUUUGUGUGUUUCGCUGCAGCAUCCACACCGAAGUACAUAGCAGCCACAGUGUUGGAGUUUCUGAUCACUUUGUUUUUGUUGUUGCUGUAUGUGCUCAAGCUCAACAAGAGGCUGACUUUCUUCUUUUGGCCUCUCAUUGAUGUUUUUAAUUCAGUGUUUGCAGCAGUCUACUUUAUUAUUUUGAGCCUGGUGGCUCUGACUACAUACACUGUCACAGGCACACUGGUUGGAGGGAUAGUUGGGUUCAUGUCGGCUGGGCUGCUGUGUGUGGACAGCUAUACGCUUUUCAAGAACAUCACAUUCAACAAGCCAAGAAGUGAAGUCCAGAAUGUAGAAAGGCAAUGAAUCAAUUAGAGUAAUGAAUAAUGUACUAUUGUAUGUGAGGUUUAACAAAUCCCCUACCAUUUAUUACUUUGCCAUGAGCAGUGAAAUCUGAAUAGGCUACUGUAAGGCUUAUUGUACAAUGUGUUUCACAACGCUUCAACCGCAUCAAAGUUUGUAACAGUAGGCUACAGCACAUUUCACAUUCCAGCUGUUAUUCAAGCUGAUUCUUGAAAUAUGUUUUAUUGGUGCUUACAUACCGAAUGUGUACAACUAAUAUCAAUAAAGACAUUUAUUUGCCUUGUGA